AUGGAGGAGCCCCAGAUCCAGCUGGUGGAAUACCAGGGAAAAGAUUACCAUGUUAUCAAGGAGGGUUUGGCGAAGAUUCUCAACCCGCCUGCCCAACAAGCCGCUUCUAAGGGAACGAAGAAGGAUCUCAAAAGCGACGACCAAAUGCAAUCCGUCUUCUACAACCCAAUUCAACAAUUUAACCGCGACCUUAGUGUGCUGGCAAUUCGUGCCCAUGGAGAACAUAUCAUCGACCUGAAGAAACAAAAAGCGGCUGAGAAGCUGAAGAAGCAGGCAGGCAAUGGGGAAAAGAAACGGAAGCGCGAAGACGACCAGACCGAGAACCCGAGGCCCGCCCCAAAUGCAGAACACAAGGACAACGCAGAGGCAACCAACCAGCCAGUCUCUGCCCCUUCGGCCGACCAAGAGCCUAAAUUAGAAGCCGGAUCAGAGCAACCGGCGGCUUCUUUCACUGUUCUUGAUGCUCUCUCUGCAACUGGACUGCGCGCUCUUCGCUACGCCUCGGAGCUUCCAUUUGUCACAAAGGUCGUGGCUAAUGACCUGUCAGCAUCGGCAAUUAAGUCAAUGAAGAAAAACAUCGAAUACAAUGAGCUUAACACAAUUCAACCCAAUCUGGCCGAUGCCCGUGUAUACAUGUAUGGGCUUGACAACGCGAGCAAGUUCGACGUCAUUGAUUUGGAUCCAUAUGGCACAGCAGCCCCAUUCAUGGAUGCCGCCGUGCAAGCAGCCAAAGACGGUGGCCUUUUGUGCGUUACUUGCACCGAUGCCGGUGUCUGGGCCUCGACCGGCUAUUCGGAAAAAUCAUUUUCUCUCUACGGCGGUAUCCCCAUGAAAGGCCUGCACUCCCACGAAGGUGGACUGCGAUUGAUCUUAAACUCCCUUGCUAUGUCCGCAGCUAAGUAUGGAAUGGCCAUCGAGCCAUUAUUGUCUCUGUCUAUCGACUUUUAUGCUCGCGUCUUUAUUCGGAUCUAUCGAUCUCCCGCACAGGUCAAAUUCACCGCAGGCAACACGAUGCUCGUCUACAAUUGCGAUUCCGGCUGUGGCGCAUGGACAACGCAACCACUUGGUUCUACCAGAUCCAAAUUGGACCGCAAGGGAAACCCCGUAUACCACCAUGGCCUGGCUAAAGGACCCACAGCUGGACCGCACUGCGAGCAUUGCGGCACAAAAACACAUAUUGCAGGACCAAUGUGGGGUGGUCCGCUACACAAUCCUCAAUUUAUCCAGAAAAUCUUAGAUAUGCUUCCUGGGGCUGAUCCCGAGACCUAUCAGACCUGUGCUCGGAUCGAGGGAAUGUUGACCACUGCUCUUGAAGAGGACCUGGACCUAUCACCAUCUAACUCUGAACCAUCCACCCUCAAGCAACCUACACAGAGCACAAAAACCCAGUACGAUCCUGCAUACCCUGCCAUCAUUCCUCGAAUGGACGUUGCCGCUCAGGAAAAAUACCCCUUUUACUUCUCAAUCAGUGCUCUCGCAAAGGUUAUCCACACAACUACCCCUCCAAUCGACGAGUUCCGCGGUGCUCUCAGCCACCUCGGAUAUCGCUCCACUCGUAGCCACACCAAACCAAACUCAAUCCGCACCGAUGCACCCUGGGAGGUGAUUUGGGAGGUGAUGCGCGAGUGGGCCCGUCAGGUAUCACCUAUCAAGGAAACUUCCUUGAAGGCCAGAACAGCCGGUGCUGCGAUUAUGGCCAAGAGCCGUGAAAACCUCCGUAAAUUGGACGAUGAAGAUCAAUGGUUAUCUCUUCUUAAAAAGGAUCUGAUGUCUGCCGUUGAGACUGGCAAAGAUGUCAGUGACUUGGUCACCAAGGUUGAGGCUGCUCUCUACCGGUCCGGCCCGCGAAACACUUCGCAAAAUGCUCCUGCUUCUGUAGAGGCUCAGCCCAAUGCUGAUGCCGCUGCCGAUUCCCAGCCUGUAUCGGAAAAGGCACCUGCACAUCCCUCCAAGCGGCCACACCCAAGUACCCUUGAGGUGGUGUUUGAUGAGGAGCUAGGCCGUCAGGUGUCUGCUGCGCAUACCAAGAAACGACUGGUGCGGUACCAGCUCAAUCCUCGGGCUAACUGGGGUCCUCUCAACCGUGCGGGACGACGAUGA